AUGUAUAACACAGAUGGUGCCUCCAGAGGUAACCCUGGUAUAAGUUCAUAUGUUUUCUGUCUAAGGAAUGCAGAUGAGGAUAUAAUAUAUGCAAAAGCUGCACUUAUGGAGGAUACAACAAAUUCAGUUGCAGAGGCUACAAUAGUACUACAAGCAAGCAAACAUUGUCAACAAGUAGGUUAUAAUCAGGUUAUAUUUCAAACAGACUCAAUGGUUAUUCAGAAAGUCUUAUUGGGGGAAUGGGGUUGUCCGUGGAGUAUUGCAUGGUUAAUAGAUGAAAUUCAAGCUAAUCUUCAAGGCAAAGAAGUUAUUAUACAACACAUUCUCAGAGAAGAGAAUAAAUUGAUAGAUUAUCAAGAUAAUCAUGAAAUUCAUUCAGGAAAUUGCAAAUAUGAGAGUUUUAGAAGCAUGAAAGUACAAGGUAGAGGGAUCAUAAACAGUGAUUGGCCCGUCAAGUUUAAUCGAUUUAUGGGCCAGUCUGGAUUCGGGCUUAGUUAA